AGGAGGGCGUGCCCACCACCAAAGAGAAGGUCGCACCGCUUGGCAGCGUGCACGAGCGAGAUGGCAAAUGUGUUAUGCCUCCCUGUCUUAUUGGAAUGUUGGCCAAUCGGACGCCGCCUGCUGUCGUUCGCCUGCUCUCGUGCUCUGCCUGGGCACAGUUGCCAUCCCGCUCCCUCGCCGGUGUGGCUCUCGUCUCGUUCACGCGGCCGGUUGGCAGUGCCAACGAACAGUUCGUGUUCGAACGUGAAUAAGUGCGCAUCGCUCCGAUAAACCGAAAAACCCGAAACACAACACACAGAAAACUCUGAGAACUGAAAAAGCGAAACGAGUUGCCAGCCAGUGAGCCAGCGAGCCAGCCAGCCAGCAGCUCCCGCUGUCAGCAGUGUCAGCAGGCGUCGUCGUCCUCCUCGAGAGGGGCCCACUGACAGGUUGUGAAACUCGUUUUCCCGCAGAGCUAUCGUGUCGGACAUGCUUGAUAAAGUGCGUGCAAUAGCUGGAAACGAACUGUAGCUUCAAAGUGCAUUAAAAUAUUAAUACAACAAAAUUAACACAGGCCAGGAGAGGCAGGCGGCAGACCCAGACCCAGACCCAGCCAGACCCUACCUUUACUUGUGGCCAAGCGGAGAAAACAUUCGAGGACUGGGGGAGCAUACGCGGAACUGUUUGUGGAAGAUUUGCCGACAGGCAGUCUUUUUGAAGUACACAGACCAGACCCAUCCUCCGGCGCACGGUACAUGUGUACUUCAGAGGCGAUAAGUCAGAAAAUCUGUUUGUGGCAAACACUUGAAGCGAAUAUACGAGGAUUUGCCGCACUGGCCGGCUGACAGAGACCGACACAGAGACAGAGAGAGUCGGAGCCACAGAGUCAGAGUCAGUGUCAAUAAAAAGCAAAAAGUAAACGAAUAAAGAGCAAAGUCACACGAAACAAACAAAACAUUUUCCGGCUCCGGCGACAUUAGCAGAACUGCUCGACAUCGACAAUUUGUUUUAUCAAUUUUCAACAAGGCCAACACACAGCAACAACAGCAACAACAACAACAACAAAAGAGCGCAACAUCCAACAAACCAACAAACAACAAAAGCGCCCAAAGUGCUUAGCCACGGCCCACAGUCGAGCACGCACGGGGAAGCCAACCAUCGGGCAUCCGCCAUCCUCUCUGUACGAAUCUGCCACCCCCAACCCGCCAGCAUCCUUGCCAGUUCAGUGUCGAACCGAACCGAACCGAACCCAACCCAACCCAACCCAACCCCUUGUCAAGUGUAUUGCGAGCAGAAAGAGAAUCAGAAGCAGCAUCCACAUCCGCAUCCUUGCCGCGAACCCGGGACGGCGCCCCACAGCGAGGCAAGCUCACUCGCGUGUUGCCGCUGUGCCGUCACGUCCUCCUCCGCAUCCACAUCAUCGACUCGGAGGAAGACGCCACCGACCACAAUGGCUGCAUAUGCGCAGUUUGGAUACAGCGGUUACCCGACGGCAAAUCAGUUGGCGGCAGCUAACACCGACAGCCAGAGCGGCCAUGGCGGAGGAUCGCCGCUGUCCGGGACCAAUGAGGCUUCCCUGAGUCCGUCGGGGGGCUCGACCACAACCGGCCUCACCGCCGGCCCCCUCAGUCCAGGUGCAGUCUCCCAGUCGUCCAACAAUGCGAUUCCCAAACUCAUCUCCACCUCUCCGUCGCUGGGCGAUGCAGCGGCUGCGGCGGCGGCGGCGGCGGCAGGCAGUGAUGUGGUGGUGCCAGCUGCGGAGCUGCAGGACCGCCGAUCCGAGGGCAUGUCCUGCUGCGAGAAUGGACGGCCAAUCAUCACGGAUCCCGUUUCCGGGCAGACCGUCUGCUCCUGCCAGUACGAUCCAGCGCGUCUGGCAAUUGGCGGCUACUCCCGCAUGGCAUUGCCCUCCGGCGGUGUGGGUGUCUAUGGCGGACCAUAUCCAUCCAACGAACAGAACCCAUAUCCCAGCAUUGGCGUGGACAAUUCAGCCUUCUACGCCCCUCUGAGCAAUCCCUAUGGCAUUAAGGAUGCCAAUUCCGGCACCGAAAUGAAUGCCUGGACAUCAGCGGCAGGACUGCAAUCCACCACGGGCUACUAUUCGUACGAUCCCACAUUGGCUGCCUACGGGUAUGGCCCGAACUAUGAUCUCGCCGCACGCCGCAAGAACGCCACGCGAGAGUCAACAGCAACGCUGAAGGCGUGGCUCAGUGAGCACAAGAAGAAUCCCUACCCAACAAAAGGGGAGAAGAUUAUGCUGGCCAUCAUCACGAAGAUGACACUGACCCAGGUGUCGACGUGGUUUGCGAAUGCGCGACGUCGCCUGAAAAAGGAGAACAAAAUGACGUGGGAGCCCAAAAACAAAACCGAAGAUGAUGACGAUGGAAUGAUGUCCGAUGACGAAAAGGACAACAAGGACAAUGCAAUCGAUGGCGGUGGCAAGCUGCCAGCUGAAGUAUUCGAUCCCAGCAAUCAACUUAUCAAAUCCGAACUAGGAAAAGCGGAAAAGGAUCCGGAUGUCGAGCCAAAGAUGGAGCGGGACAGGGAGCGGGAGCGUGAGCUCCCUCCCCAGAAUCUAGUGGCAAUGCGUGGCCUCGCACCCUAUGCUGCCCCGCCGAUGCAUGCGGCCUACAAUUCCUAUGCACACUCGCAGCACCAGCAGCAUCUGGAGCAGCAUUUGGAGCAGCAGCAGCAGCAUACGCAGCAGCAGCAGCAUCCGCAACAGCAGCAGUUGGCGUCGCCAUACUAUCAUCAUUCGGGCUAUGGCCAGGAUGAGACCAGCGAAUAUGCGGCUCAAAAAAACCCGCUAAGCAGAGACUGUGGCAUACCAGUGCCGGCGAGCAAGCCGAAAAUCUGGAGUGUGGCCGACACAGCCGCCUGCAAGACGCCACCGCCUACGGCAUACCUCGGCCAGAAUUUCUAUCCCCAAGCGCCAACCUCGGAGCAGCAUCAUCAGCAGCAGCAGCAGCAUCUGCAGCAGCAGCAGCAACAACUCCACUCUGUGGGCCCCCAGUCCCUGGUUAUGCAGCCGAGCAGCAUGACGAUGGGGGGGCCUCAAGUCGAGCUCGGUUCGCCGCUGAGUAUGAUGAGCAGCUACGCCGGCGCAUCGCCAUAUUCGCGGAUACCUACGGCGUACACCGAGGCCAUGGGCAUGCAUAUCGGACACGGCAAGAUCCCCCAUACGCCCAGCACACCCAACAUCCAUACGCUGCACCGCGAACCCUACCAUCCCUCGGGGCCCAACAGCCAGGCGAGAGUGGGUGUGGGGUUUUCCGAGAUCCAGCCGGAUACGCCGCCCCAGACGCCGCCCACUAUGAAGCUGGGGGGCCAUCAUCACAUCAGCAGCAGCAGCAUCAGCAGCAGCACCAGCAGCAGCAACAGUUCUUCGAUGCAUUCCGCGCCCGGUCCGGCACCGGUGACGGUGGCUUCCAUGGUCAACAUUUUGUACAAUAGCCACCACAGCACUGCCACGGAGCACAGUCCGUACAUGAGUAAUGCCGCUGCCUAUCUAACGGAGAGUCGUGCGGGAUCAUAAUGUGGCAGCAGGAGCGGAAGCGGAAGCGAAAGCUAAUGCGGGAGUGGCCUUGAACCAGAUACCAAAUAGUACCAUAUACCACUACUUAGACAUUUCAAACACACACACACACACACACUACACACACAGCCAGGCCCGAACACGGACAAGUGCAAGAGUUCGCAGAGAUGCCAACAAUAACGAUAGCGAUAGCGAUAGCGAUUACUACACUAAUUAUUUUGCAAUAAAUGUAGCUUAAGUAUGGCAAUAAAACUUUAUUUCCUACCAUA